CCCAUAAUCUUACAUCCAACGGUCUUCUCAGAAGAGCAGUGAUUUUAGUCCUAUUUAUACAUUAACUUAGUAUCGUUAUGUAGUUUUUGCUCUGCUGUUUCCAAGUCACUGUUUAAAACAAAACAUUUUCUGUCUUGGAGGACUAGCAGUAGUCACUAGUCAAACAAAACCCCAAACCUUUUCCCAAAAGAAAAACAAAACCACUUCACUCUCUCUCAUAAUCUCAUUCAUGGCUUCUCUGAAACUUUACUCUCUUUGGGUUCUCCUCUUCUUCUUCUGCUUCUUCUUCAUCUUUACUACUACUACUUUUUCACUCACUAAAACAUCUUCAGAUGUUGAACUUCUCUUGUCAAAGAUUAAACCUUCAUUACAAGGAAACCCAGAAAAUCUUGUAUUAUCUUCUUGGAACUUUUCUGUUCCUUUAUGUCUAUGGAAAGGACUGACAUGGGUUAUCUCUAAUGGUGUACCACUUCAAUGUGAUGGUUUAACAUUACCUCAAAGAAACAAUCUAACACUCUUUAAGGACCCAUCUUUACAGCUUCUAUCUGUUCAGCUACCUGGUGCAGGGUUAUUUGGUGAAAUCCCAAGAGAAGUUGGUGAGCUUUCUUCGUUGAAAAGUUUGUAUCUUGGUGCUAACUCACUUACAGGUAACAUACCACUAGAGCUUGGUUAUAGUGUUUCUCUUGCUAAUCUUGAUGUGGGUGGUAAUUUGUUAAAAGGGUCUCUUCCUACUUCGAUCUGGAACCUUUGUGAUAGACUUGUUUCAUUGAGGUUAAGAGACAAUAAUCUUACCGGUACUCUACCUGAACCAGCAUUGCAGAACUCUACCUGUAAGAGUUUAGAGGUUUUAGAUUUGAGUAAUAAUAAGUUUUCUGGUGAAUUUCCUGAAUUUGUCACUAGAUUCAGUGGUUUGAAAGAGCUUAGUUUGGGUAAUAAUGACUUCUAUGGACAGAUUCCUGUGACUUUAAGUGGGUUAAGCCUUGAUAAACUGAAUCUUUCUUACAACAAUUUUACUGGGGUUUUACCAGUUUUUGAUGGAUCAAAGUAUGAUACUAAGGCUUUUCAAGGAAAUGAUCCUGGUCUUUGUGGGCCACCUUUAGGAAAAUGUGGUGGGAAAAGGUCUGGUUUGAGUUCAGGAGGUAUUGCAGUCCUUGUGAUUGGACUAAUGACUGGGUUAGUAGUAUCAGCUUCGGUGUUAAUUGGGUAUGUUCAAGGGAGAAAGAAGAAAAAUAAUGGCGUAAAUGAAGAUGGAUAUGAAGAAGGAGAAGAAGAUGAAAAUGGUGGUGGUGAAGGUAAACUUGUUUUGUUUCAAGGUGCUGAACAUUUGACCUUAGAGGAUGUAUUGAAUGCUACUGGGCAAGUUAUGGAGAAGACAAAUUACGGAACAGUUUAUAAGGCGAAGCUUGCAGAUGGAGGAACUAUUGCUCUUAGGUUGUUGAGAGAAGGUACUUGUAAAGAUGGUAGUUCAUGUUUACCCGUUGUAAGGCAACUUGGUCGAGUUCGGCAUGAAAAUUUGGUUCCACUUAGAGCAUUUUAUCAGGGUCAGAGAGGGGAGAAGCUUCUCAUUUAUGAUUAUCUUCCCAAUAAAACCUUACAUGAUCUUCUUCAUGAUAGCAGAACUGGGAAGCCAAUGCUAAACUGGGCUAGGAGACACAAGAUCGCCCUGGAUAUAGCUAGAGGACUAGCAUUCCUACAUACAGGACUUGAAGCACCCAUAACCCAUGGAAACGUGAGAUCGAAAAAUGUGUUAGUGGACGAAUUUUUCGUUGCCAGAGUUACUGAGUUUGGGCUCGACAAAUUAAUGGUUCCUGCAGUCACAGAUGAAAUGGUAACCAUUGCAAAAACUGAUGGGUACAAAGCACCAGAACUUCAAAAGAUGAAGAAGUGCAAUUCAAGAACUGAUGUUUACGCGUUUGGGAUACUGUUACUCGAGAUACUGCUAGGAAAGAAGCCGGGUAGAGAUGGGAGAAGUGGGGAGUUUGUGGAUUUACCUGCAUUGGUUAAGGUUGCAGUCUUGGAGGAAACAACAAUGGAGGUUUUUGAUGUGGCUCUUUUGAAAGGAAUAAGGAGUCCAAUGGAAGAUGGUUUAGUUCAGGCUUUGAAGCUUGCAAUGGGCUGUUGUGCUCCUGUGGCAUCAGUUAGACCUAAUAUGGAUGAAGUUGUCAAACAAUUAGAGGAGAAUAGACCGAGGAACAGGUCUGCUCUUUAUAGUCCAACUGAAACGAGAAGCGAAGUAGGUACACCCUUUUAAUCGACGAGGUCAUUAGUUGCUUUGCUCUCUCGUGGUAUCUCUCUUUCACGCUGAACUUGCUGAUUAUUCAUUAUCAUGUUUGGAUUGUGAAGAAUUUCGAGUAGGUGCUCUAUAACUAAUUACUAGCUAGUCAUGGUACUUUAGAAACUGUUAAGAGUAGCUUGUUGUAAGAGGUUAAAUAGUUGCUGUAUGCUAAUUUUCUUCUUUUGUCUGCCUAGUACUAGUAAGGAGACCAGGUUGGCUCAUGAUUGUAGUUAUCAGGCAAAAACUUGCUUAUGACUACAUUCGUUUAUAAGAUAUAUACUAGGGUAUUCCCGGUGCA